AUGGUAGCAGAUUGCGAGUAUUAUCAUUAUCUUUUACUAUUGCACUUGGUGUGCUCGCGUACCGCGCGUUUGCACCGCCAAGGGCCCGUCUCUAACCACAGUAACUCUCUGCAACUCCACAGCUCCAGGCCAGGGAGGCCCCCGAAACGCGCAUCUGUCGGCCUCAGUUUGGCGGCCACGCAUUUGGCAGGAUCUCUUGGCGGUCAUCACCAUCAGCAGCUCAAGAAACACAGGCCGGAUGGAGAUUACCCUCCAUACGAAAAUGGACACCUAGAUAUAUCGCGUCUUGAAAAAUCACCUCUCCUAGCAAAUGGUUAUAACGCUCCACCUACACACCUGAAUCACAUGCAAUUCAUGCAGCAGCUAUCUCACCACAAUUCCCAUCACAAUUCACACCACAAUCCACAUGCAGCGGCGGCUGCAGCAGCAGCAAUGCUAAGUCCUCACCACAACGCCCACCACCCUGGUCACAUGGGCGGCGGACCUCGUGGUGCAGCCGAAGCCCUUGCCCAGAGUGGUGCCUCUGUUCCUGGAUUGCUGAAAGGACUCCCGCCAGGCGCGCCGCCAGGCUCCAUGGAAGCUUUAGCCAGAUCCGGAAUUUGGGAAAAUUGUCGCGCGGCGUAUGAAGAUAUAGUUAAACAUCUAGAACGAUUACGUGAAGAGCGUGGAGAUAUGGACAGGGCACUUGCACUAGAUCAUAAACCAAGAGAUUUGAGUUCGCAAAAUGGAGAGUAUUAUGAUGGAUCUUCGAAUGGACACAGUCCAGUAUUAAAUUUAUCAAAAGGUGGCGGCGGUGGAGCAAGUGACCGCAGUGACGGAGGAUGUUCUCCUGGACCUUCUGUUCCUGAUGGUGAUCGUUUAGGAGACACUAGUGAUAUUGACCAGAGUGAUAACGAAGACCACGUAGAAAAAGAAGAAGAUCUCAGUGACGUAGACGAUCACGAAACAGCAAUGCCUUUAGCUCUUGGGCCAACACGUCCUUCCUCAGUCGGUCCACAACAAUCAUCCUCGCCUGCUCAUGAAGAUUCUGAUGAAUCCGGAGGCCAACAGACAGCCCUAAAUUAUUCUUCGGCGGGAGCAGGAAAUAUAUCGAUACCGUCCAGUGAGCAGGGAGCUUGCUCCACGGAAACACUAUUGAGGAACAUUCAAGGUCUUCUUAAAGUUGCAGCAGAUAACGCGAGGCAGCAGGAGCGACAGAUCAGUUACGAGAAAGCUGAAUUGAAAAUGGAUGUGCUUCGAGAAAGAGAAGUCAAAGAUUCUUUGGAGAGACAACUAUUAGACGAACAGAAAGCUAGAGCUGUUUACCAGCGCCGUUUCAAACGCGAGCGACGCCUACGCUUGCGCGUGCAGGAGCGUCUGGACCAAGAAGCCAAACGCCGUGCGCAACUCGAAGAAGCGAUCCGCACGGGCGGCGGCGUCAUUCCCACAUCCGCCGCCCAGAACGUGUCUGCGGCGCAGGCGAACAGCGACGCGCUACGGGCACACAACGCUGAAUUGAAAAUGGAUGUGCUUCGAGAAAGAGAAGUCAAAGAUUCUUUAGAGAGACAACUUUUAGACGAACAGAAAGCUAGAGCUGUUUACCAGCGCCGUUUCAAACGCGAGCGACGCCUACGCUUGCGCGUGCAGGAGCGUCUGGACCAAGAAGCCAAACGCCGUGCGCAACUCGAAGAAGCGAUCCGCACGGGCGGCGGCGUCAUUCCCACAUCCGCCGCCCAGAACGUGUCUGCGGCGCAGGCGAACAGCGAGGCGCUACGGGCACACAACGAUGCCGGAUCAGGCUCAGCGACCGCCGGCCCCGACUCCCGGCCCGAGAGUCCGUAUGCGAGCAGCGGUGGCGGCGCCGCAAGCGUUCCCCAGGCCCGAGACUGCGGCUCGCAACCAGGUUCAGUUCCCGUGAGCUCGGCGCCGCAGAACAACAGUGGACAAUCUCCUGCGCCAGGUCUACCUCAUGGCGACGGAAAGCCGCAGAACCCAGGACCUUGGCAAGGAUAUGCGGGUCUCGAUCUAGUCACAAGCGGAGCUGCGUUUUGGCAGAACUAUAGCGAAUCCCUAGCCCAAGAAUUGGAGCUCGAGCGCAAAGCAAGGCAACAGCAAAGUGUGGAUGGUGACGUCAAAUCUCCUCUCCAGGACCGAGCUGGUUACUACAAAAAUUCAGUACUUUUUAGUAGUGCAACCUAGU